GGGCACUGCAGAGGCGAUAGGAUGACCGAGGAGAACAGAUGGCAGAGUUUCUCAUUUUGAAAGAAAGGCAGGGAUGGAGAAUGGGCAGGAGAACCUUACGCUUGUUGAUGGAGGAAUGUUGUUGAUGAGACGCAGAGGCAGGAAGAGGAAAAGCCAGCAGAGGGAUGAAGAUGUGACACUGAAGCGGUCUGGCACACGGCGGCGUUACCAAGACGAUGGUCUUUCCGAUGAAGAGAUUGAUGGAAAGAGGACUUUCGAUCUGGAGGAGAAGCUCCACAGCAAACGCUUCAGCUCAGACCGAGUCAAGCGCAUGGAGGGCAAAGACCUCACAUAUGAGUACAUUCAGAGAUGUGGGCUUCGGGACCCCAUCAUCUUUGAGAGACCUGAUGGACUUGGCAUUAAAAUGCCAGAUCCAGACUUCAGUGUUAAUGAUGUGAAGUCGUUAGUCGGAAGUCGGCGUAUGAUUGACGUGAUGGAUGUGUCUACUCAGAAGGGGACGGAGAUGUCAAUGAUGCAAUGGAAUAGCUAUUAUGCGACUCCUCCCUCUCAGAGAGAGAAGCUUUAUAAUGUUAUCAGCCUUGAAUUUAGCCACACUAAACUAGAGAGCUAUGUCAAAAGACCUACCACGGUGGACAUGAUUGACUGGGUGGACAACAUGUGGCCAAGACACUUAAAGGAAAGACAAAGAGAUGCCACAAACUCUAUCACUGACAUGCAAUACCCCAAAGUGCAGAAGUACUGCCUAAUGAGCGUGCAGGGCUGUUACACAGAUUUCCACAUAGACUUUGGAGGCACAUCUGUGUGGUACCACAUACUGCGGGGCUGCAAGGUGUUUUGGUUAAUCCCGCCCACGCCACAAAACCUGGAGCUUUAUGAGAACUGGGUGUUGUCAGGGAAACAAGGCGACAUCUUCCUUGGUGACAAGGCCACUGAUUGCCAGAGGGUUGAGCUCAAGCAGGGCUACACGUUCAUUAUUCCAUCAGGUUGGGUCCAUGCGGUGUACACCCCAGUAGACACACUUGUGUUUGGUGGGAACUUUCUACAUAGUUUUAACAUCCCCAUGCAACUAUACAUCUCCAACAUUGAGGACAGGACACGGGUGCCAGCUAAGUUCCGGUAUCCAUUCUUUCAUGAGAUGUGCUGGUAUGUGUUGGAGCGUUAUCUGUACAGCGUGACCAACACCUCCCACCUCAUCCCUGAGUUUCAGAAACACUCUCUGGGAAUUGACUUGAGGCGGGAAGACUCAGGUUGUGAGGAACUAAAUGGCCAUGCUGAAGAGGAAAGGGAUGAUAACGAUGCUCCAUCUCCACCUAAUGCACCAGGGGUGAAGCUACACUUGACUCCUUUUGAGCUGAAGGGGCUGUGGCACCUGGUGGAGAACUUGGAGUCGCUGCCGUCACAUAAGAAGUGCGUGCCUUCAGGAAUACACAAUGCUGCUGCCCUGCUACAUGACAUACGGGCAUUAUUGAAAGAACAUGCUGAUGACAUCCCUGAACUCUCUUACACUGGAAAACCCAUUGUCAGAUGGCCAAAGAGGACAUCUGGUGAGGGAGUGGUAAACAAAGACCUACCGAGCUGCUGGGAGUGUCCUAAAUGUAUUAUGGGCAAAGAGACAGAUUCUGAGUCGUCAGGCAGCGGUGAUGACAUCACGGCACAGGAUGGGUCAGGGGGGCGAGGGGGCGAGGGCGGGGCAUGGCACGGGGUCGGGCGGCCCCCCUCUUCUCUCUCUCACGGGUCGCUCCAGAAACGGGCCGCAGCCCCUGAGCAGCGGCUCAGGAAGCGGCUACAAUUGGAAGGUGGUAAAACACAUAAACGCAAGUCUUCAUCUCUUGAUCCUCGCGUGGCUAAGAUCUAUCGGCGACAUGGGAUGGAACACGAUGAUGAUUCAGGCAGCGAUGACGAUAGUUGCAAGAUGUCAUCAGUCCGGGGCAGGGUCUCUUCAUCCCGCCGAGGUUAUGGAGCUGGUAGGCGAGGUGUUUGGAGAGGCUCCUCGCAUCGAGGGAGUCGAGGGAGAGGCAGCUUGGCAACAAGAUCGCUGAAAAUGAGGAGGGGACUCGGAGCAAGAGCGGAGAGAGGGGGUCGGGUUAGGUUAAGAGGAGGAUCCCACAUGAGGCGACGGCGCUAUGAAACAGAAGACGAUGAUGACGAUGAUGAAGAUGACGAUGAUGAUGAGGAAGAUGAUGAUGAGGAUGACAGUGAUGAAGAGAGACAUCUUGGCCGGUCAGAUAAGGAGCAUCGUUCAAGGAGACGUAGGCGGAGAGGUGAUGACUAUGAUGAUGAUGAAGACGACGAGGAUGAUGAUGAGGAAGACAGUGAGGAACAGGACUUUGAAGGAGAGGAUGAUGAGAUGGAAGACUUGGAUGGAGGAGAGGAAGAUGAUGAGGAUGGAGGGAACCAAUCAGACUCUGAUCCUGACCCACCCGUCUUACUAGUCUCAGACUUGAAUGAUGACCUGCUGAAUGAUUCCUACCUGACUGUGACCCUCCAGCGUCCUCCAAAGGCCAAACGUGACCCCGGUUCCAUUGUACCCAAACUGGAGGCGGCUAUGUCUCCCCGAACACCUAGGGGUCCUGGCUUCAACCAGCGUAAAACGCUACCCAGGACCCGUCUCAGGAACAGCACCUCAACACCAGCCGGAAAUGGUGUCUCUCAAUCCAAAAGCGUCCACACGUCCGGCCGCCCCACAAGGCGGAGCUCCAACCAGGGUGGUCGAGAGAGAGACACAGCGUCACCGUCCUCUAUGUCUUCUCGUUCCUCUGUUUCUCCGCCACCUCCUCCUCCAGCCAUCGCCACUUCUCCUCCUUCCCUCCUCUCUCAUCCCUCAUUCUGUGAUGUAGGAAACGAGCGUGGCUGUGAAAAGGACAUUUGGAUGUCAGUGUUCCGUUACUUGGGUCGGACUGAUUUGGCUGUGUGUAUGAGAGUCUGCAAGGCUUGGUACAAGUGGUGUUGUGAUAAGCGCUUGUGGACACAGAUAGAUCUGAGUCGAUGUCGGGCACUCAGUCCUCAGGCUCUGUCAGCCGUCAUAAAACGACAACCUGUGACACUUGAUCUCUCAUGGACACCAGUAUCAAAGAAACAGAUUGCCUGGCUCAUUCAUCACCUCCCAAGUUUGAAAGAUCUAAUAAUGUCAGGUUGCUCCUCAUUAUGUGUGUCAGCGUUAAGUUCACAGAGCUGUCCGGGUUUGCGAACACUUGACCUGAGCUGGACCGUGGGUGUCAAAGAUUCACAAAUAAAAGACCUCAUUGUGCAGCCAGGCAGUGAAAGUCGCAGUCGGCUGAGAGGUUUGCUCACUCUGAGCUUGGCUGGUUUGGAUGUGAGCGACUCCACCUUGAAGAUGAUCGUUAGACAUAUGCCUUCACUGCGCCGGUUAGAUUUGUCCCACUGCCAGGGACUCACAGACCAGUCCAUCAACCUGCUCACCGCUACUGGCUGCAACACUCGCAACACACUCAGACAGCUUAAUCUUUCAGGUAGUAAUAAGUUGACAGAUGCUUGUCUGUCCUAUAUGAAGCGAUUAUCAGCUCUGGCUCUGUUGGAUCUGCGGGGCUGUAGGAACGUGACUCGACGCGGCUGUGAUAACUUCAUCUCUGACCUGUCCCACUGCACCGUAUUCUGUCUGACCGAGGACAAACUCAUUCAGAGAAUAUCAUAACAUGCACACAUAAAAACACACGCACAGCUCUGCUUGGCGAGCUCACAAGUGCUCCAUCCCACUCAAUACAGGCUCAUCUGGCCUGAAUGGGAGGAUGAGGCUGAAGAAAAGAGACUGAUGGAAGGAUAUGGCCGUUGUUCUAGUAGAAGGGUAAAAACAGGCUGACAGGAGAGGAUAGUUUCACCGCCGUCUUCAAGUGAAGUGUAGGAUUUUAUUCCCACAACCCAUGAGACCGAUCCAGACACAUUCAGCGUGUGGCUUUUUCUUCUUCUCUGGGCAUUCAGCCUAAUCCAAAGUGACUCCUAUACUACAUAAUCUAGCCCAGAUGGGAUUUGGUGAAUGAGGAAGGGAUGGUUUGAUCAGAGAUUCAGUCCUGGUGUGGCCACUGAUGUUCUGAUGAUUUGUUGGUGCAGACGAGUUGAAGCAAGGAGAAAGAAAAUGACAGACAUGGCACAUCCUGAUACUUCUCAUCCACCACAACUUGAUCAAAGAAUGUAGUGGCAGCACAGGAUGAAUCUGAAUCAUAGAGACUUCAGCAAACCGAUCCAGAUCGUUCACUCAUGCUUUCUUUGUGACUUUGUCUGAACUUAAAUGUUGGUCGUUCAACCUUUCUGAAGGUUCUGCUGCCUGGAUGUUUGUAGACAUUUAACACUCCACACUAAGUUUUUACUCUCUCGUACCAGUCACUCUUUCUUUGUUUUUUUCCAUCUGAUGUUUUGUACUUUUGCUUGCUGUCAUCUCAAAUAGGCGAUUCACCUACCCUAUCUAAACUAGGAAAGGGUUGCUCACAGUUGACACUUAGUUGUUCAUUUACCCUUGGAAAGCUAUAAUUUAAAUGCAACUUGUAGCAACACAAUAGCAAUUAUUUUCUGAGGACUU